UUUUAGUGAGCGCGGUGCGUGCCGCGCGCUUGUUGCUACGCGUGUGCUGCUGCACAAGGUCAAUUGGAGCACGCGAGCGGGCGCGGCGUGCCGUUUAAGGCGUCAGUCGCACGUACUCGAGCGAUGCGCAAGGCUGAUGGCGAGCGCCGCUCUAGCGGGGGCGAGCGCUGCCGUGCAAAAAAUGGCUCAAAAUGGCUCUCUGCAGCUUGGCUUUAUGACUGCUGCAUUCAGCACAAAGGCAUCAAGUCGUGCCAGAAACCAAGCGAGGCUGCGGCGAGAGACAACUUUUGCAAUCGCUAACCACGUGAGCAGCCGUGGCUGCGAACCGACGGCGCAAUACAUCACUCAUGCUGCUGCUGCGAGUGGCAUCGCGACGCGCCGUCGCUGCAAGCCGGCGCCACUUGACCGUAGCAGUGACGGGCGAGGUGCUGCUGCGAGGCGCCGCAAGACGCGCCGUCGCCGCGGCCAGCCGCCGCGACCUGACGGUGGCCGUCACCGGCGCGAGCGGCUACGUCGGCUCCUACAUCACCGAAGAGCUACUAAAGCGCGGGCAUGAGGUCAGAGCGCUCGUCCGCGGCUGCGAUACCAAUAAAGAGAAAGCAGCACACUUACAAGCGCUGCCCGGUGCUGAUCGAUUAACACUGGUCGACGGCGGCGACCUUGGAGUAAAGGGCUCCUUCGAGGCGGGACUGGCCGGCGCCGACGCCGUCGUCCACGCGGCUGCCACCGUCGUCAUCGGGAGGGACCCGUCCAUCGCGAGCGCCGCGGUUGAUGGUGUCGAAAAUGUAUUGUCGUCCUUACCUAGUACAUGCAAGACCUUCGUGUUGACCUCGUCCAUCGCCGCGGUCAUUUCCCUCGACAAGGCAUCGUUAACCUUCGACGAAAGCGACUGGAACGACUACUCGUCCCUCAAAAAUGGAGACGCUUAUGGUUUUGGCAAGACGCGGGCCGAGCGCCGAGCGAGAGAUCAUUGCAAGAACAUAAACUUCGUCGCGCUGCACCCCGGCAUCGUCCUCGGGCCCGUGAUGACGAAGCCCCACACGAAGGCGUCGCCGGUGUUCGUGCGGAAUCUAUUGCUGCCGAAGCCUAUCUUAAAUCCGAAUUCGGCGCAUUUCGUGGACGUGCGCGACGUCGCCGCGGCGCACUGUAUUGCGGUGGAGCGGGCAUCUGAGUUGGACGGGGGGCGGUUCGUCCUGUGCAACGACGAGACGUGCGCGAGCGUGAAUCCCGUGUCGCUCGGAAAGGUGGCCGCGGAGGCGUGCCCCGAAUACGAGUACACGGCGGACCCGCUGCUGCCGCCCUGGAAAUUUGCCAUUGGGAAGGCGCUGAGUCAUGUGCCUGUACUUGGUCCGCGCGUGAUGACGGAGUACGAGCGGCGCGUCUUCGAGGCCCGCACGACGCUGUCGAACGCGCGGGCCAAAAAUGAAUUAGGACUGACCUUCCGGCCGCAUGCGGACACGGUCGCGGACACGGUGAGGGGGUGUGUUCAGCUCGGCAUCGCGCAUCGACGAGCUUAGUGUAAUUGUUUAACAGUACAU